AUGGAUACGUCCGAUGACUUUGUCAUGCCCACACCCAAAAUCUCUCAACCUCUCAAACGAACCCUUCUCCUCUCACCACCCUCCCUCUCGUCACACCAGGAAAAACUUACCAAUGUCCUGCAAUCCUACGACAGAUCAGUCACUGACUUACAGAUGCUUGACCGCCUAUCGCUUGGUCUCGUCUCGCUCCCGCCGUCUACAUAUGAUCUCAUUUUAAUUCUUUCCGACGCUGACAGUACCCGCACCGAAAGUCGCUCUUUACUUGGUCGCGCCGUAUUCUCUCUGCUUGUGGCAGCCCUCAAAGACGGCGGUAAACUGUGCAGUCAGGAUGGACAACUGGGAAGUUCUGAUGUCGCGGAGAAAAAUGAAGGCAUUCUUGCCGGGUUGUCCUUUGAGUCUUCAGUCGGAUUUACCAAACCCAACAGCAGCGCACAGGAGACCGUCCCCUUGAAAUUUGGAAGAAAGAACGCUUCUAAAGCAGCCGGUGGACUUGCCAAUGGAAAUUCAAAUCAAGUCUCUCUGCCCCUGAAUGGAAAGCGCAAGGGAGUCGAUGAAGUGCCUGCGGGUGUGGGGUUCGAUGAUGGAAACAAUGAAUCGGACGACGAACUGAUCGAUGAAGAUGAGUUGAUGCAGGACGAAGACUUUCAGAGGCCCAUCAAGAUUCCAACCGAGUGCCAGCCCAAGGCUAAGAGACGACGUGCGUGCAAAGAUUGCACAUGCGGACUUGCAGAAAAAUUAGAGGCUGAGGAUCGCGCAACUAGAGAGAAUGCAGACAAGGCAUUAAAUACAUUGAAAUUACAGGCCGAUGACCUUGCCGAGGUCGAUUUUACUGUCGAAGGGAAAGUGGGCAGUUGUGGAAACUGCAGUUUAGGCGAUGCUUUCCGUUGUGAUGGAUGUCCAUAUAUUGGACUGCCGGCUUUCAAACCCGGCGAGGAGGUUCGCCUCCUGAACAAUGACAUUCAAUUGUAA